UUAACAUCUACUUGUUUCUCCUGUAGUUGUCUAUUUCCUUUCAAUUUCUUUGUAUUGUAUUAUCCUAUCCUUCUUCCUUAUUCUUUUUAUCAUGACAACUGAAAUGUCAUCACGCUGUAUUAUACUUGACUCCCCCGUUGACGCUUGCAAUGCAUCAAUAAAAUCAAAAGAACAUCAUGAUCAAAGUCCUUUUCGUAAUAACAAGAAAAAGAGAACUGCUGGUUAUGAACAAAGCUCCAUUGGAUUAGGUCUUGUAGUAACUAAACAUGAACGGAAGAAGCCACCAUCUAGCAUCACUUUACCACCAGCGCCUACCAUUGUAUUUGAUAGUGGAACACCACAAAAUACCACAACAUUUUCGUUUCCUCGACAUAUCAUACCUCUACCAAGUCCUUCAUCAGUUGGUGAUCAACCUACCUUUACAAAGCAUGACAUCAUCUCACCUUCUCUUCCUACCAGUAUACAGCUAACAACACCAGAUGAAGUUGAUCAACAAGAAGAAGAUGAUGAUUCUUACAUCCCCGUCAUUUCAUUAUCACCGUCCUUUUCAUCAUCAUCACAACAACAGCAACGAAUGCCCAAUUUAUCAGAACUUCCUAUCCUAGGCGAUAUUGAUGAUGAUCACUUUCAAGACAUUGGGUCUCUAUCAGUACCUCCAUUGAUGAUGAAUACAACUAUGAUGCGUGAACAACAAUCUUUACUCUCACCUGCUAUUCGAACUUAUGAUGAAGCAUCUCUGAUUGGGAAAUCUAUAUGGAAAUUUCGUAUUAAUCAGUUAUUGGGCGUGGGGGCUUUUUCCAAGGUCUAUCUAGUCACUCAUAUGGAUAAGGAAAACACGAAAUCCGCUAUCAAGAUGAUUCGAAAAUCAAAAAUGCUAAAGGAUCUCCGGAUGAAAUCAAGUGUAGAACGUGAAGUAGCCGUGUUACAGUUUUUACAUCAUCCUGGGAUUGUACAACUUGAAGCCACCAUGGAAAUUGAACAACAUUUAUGCUUGGUAUUGGAAUAUGUCAAUGGUGGGGAACUAUUUGAUUUUGUCCAGAAAAGGUAUAUGCAUGAUGACACUGGACAGAUCAAACAGGACCUUGUAAAAGAUCUUUACUCUCAAUUGGCUACUGUGGUCCAGUGGAUGCAUGAACAAAAUGUGGUACAUCGUGAUCUAAAAUUGGAAAACAUUUUACUAUAUGAUAAAUGUGGACAAUUGAAAUUGAAAAUCACGGAUUUUGGAUUAGCAAGAGUGAUCGACCCUGAAAAACCUUUAUUAUCAACUCGAUGUGGUAGUGAAGAAUAUGCAGCACCGGAAAUAGUACAAGGGAUUGGUUAUGAUGGACGAUUGACGGAUACUUGGGCUACAGGUGUGAUUUUAUAUGCUUUACUUGUAGGUUAUCUACCUUUUUCUGCUCGUGAUGGAUCUACUACUUCUCAAUUAUUUUAUCAAAUCAUUCAAGCUAGUAUUCGAUGGCCAAAAGAUAUUGACAUACCCGAUCAAGCCAAGCAAGUGGUAAAUUCCCUUCUUCAUCGACAACCUGAUAAACGGAUCUCUUUAUUGGAUAUUCUUUCCUUGCCUUGGUUUAGCACAUAGUUUAUUUAUUUUCAUUUCAAUAAAGCUAUUCUUUUUUUUUUUAAAUACAAA